CUGAAGCUCUGUGUGUGCUGUGUGCUAAAACGGACUCGGUAUUAAAUAAUUUGGAGCCAAUCAGAUGCCACUAUGAGAUGUAUUUGAUGCUGCUGGAAUCUGGAUGGAUGUAUUUGAUGCCCGCUAGUAUUCUCUUCUCUCCCGCGCUAAAAAGCUUCACAGAAGGAUGCAGGAGGAAAUCCAGGACUCGGAUCUCAGGCUGCAGAACGAUCUCAAACCGUAUCAGUGUUCACACUGUGGGAAGAGCUUCAUCAAGGAACGGGACCGUAAGAGACACCUGAUGAUUCACACCGGAGUGAAGCCGUAUCGGUGCUCGCAGUGCGGAUCUAGCUUCACUCAGCUGGGUAAUCUGAAUGUGCACCAGCGCAUUCACACCGGAGAGAAACCGUAUCAGUGUUUGCAGUGCGGGAAGAGUUUUACUCACCAGAGUACCUUCAAACAGCACCAGCUCAGUCACUUAGGCGGGAAGCAGUACCAGUGCUCAGAGUGCGGGAAGAGCUUCACCAGACUGACCAUUCUCCGCAGGCACCUGCGCAUUCACACCGGAGAGAAACUGUACGAGUGCCCGCAGUGCGGGAAGAGCUUCACCCUCCAGAGGAAUCUCCAGGUUCACCAGCGCAUUCACACGGGAGAGAAACCGUACCACUGUUCUCAGUGCGGUAAGAGCUUUAAUCAGCAGAGCGCCCUCCAGCACCACAUCAGCGUCCACCUGGGCGAGAAGCCCUACGAGUGCCCGCAGUGCGGGAAGCGCUUCGCCCGGCGCAGUCACCUCCAGCGCCACCAGGGCAGCCACCUCGGAGAGAAACCGUACGAGUGCUCGCAGUGCGGGAGGAGCUACACCCGUCAGAACGACCUCCAGCGACACUUCUGGAGUCACGCGCAGGAGAAGCCGUACCAGUGCCCGCACUGCGAGAUGAGCUUCGUCCGGCAGAGCGCCCUCCAGCAGCACCAGCACUUUCACACGGGGGCGAAGCCUCACCAGUGCUCGUGCUGCGGCAAGAGUUUCAGUCAGCAGAGGAAUCUCAAGCAGCACCAGCGCGUUCACACGGUGGAGGGACAGUUCGAGUGCUCGCAGUGCGGCAAGAGUUUCAUUCACCAGAGUAAUCUGAAGAUACACCAGCGCAUGCACACGGGGGAGAAGCCGUACCAGUGCUCGGUGUGUGGACAGAGCUUCAGUUAUUUAAACGCAAUCAAGAGACACAAGUGCAUUAAGACCGAGCCGUCGACGUCAGACAUGGAGAUCUGUCAGGUUACAGUAUAAGUGCAUUUCUUAAGCUGUACAGUUCAAGCAGAAUGAACAUACACUACAAUAGCUUCUGCAAAUCAUCGUUCUGCACUUUUAUUAUUGGUUAAACAGGACAAUUAAAGCAAUUUAGAUCAUGAAUUUGGUCUUGUGGAUGUUUUUUAAUAUUAUAUAACCUUGUAUUAUGUUUUUUUUAGAGUUUGGGAACUGAACACAACGGCCGAAAAGUCUCAUCCAACAGUAUUGCUAUUAAUAUUUACCCAUGUAUUUACAUUAGUGCA